ACACUUAAACCCAUGUCUUCUUCUUCCUUUCUUCUCUCCAUUUGGAUAACAUAACAUAAUGAAACAUCAAAUUUCAGUUUCAUUUUUGUCUUUUCAUACACAGAUUUUGCCUAGCUGGCUUCGUCUUUUCAUGUCCCCUUCUUGCUCUUUCACUUUUUUCUUUUCCCUAUUUAAACCUUAGUUGGAAAUGAUAUCAAACCAAAGUAUAGUUUUCUUUUUUCUGUUCUGGCAUUUGAGAUGGAAAUGGAAGUUGAAAGUGAUGAUUUGUUGUUUGCUGAGCUUACUAGAAGGAUUUCGCUUCUCAUUAUGGACGACGAUGAGCUUCCCAUCGCUCAUACGAACUUUACUAGAACAGUGCAUCAACUUCGACCUAGGGAAUUACCAUUGAUGAUGGAUUACGAGAAUGGGUUCGUAAGGGAGAGCAAAGGCACUGGAGUUUUCAUUCCAGCACGGUUGCCGCCACGAAAGAGGAAACAGAAGAAUGUCACUGCUGGUUAUAGAAUUAAAUCAGAAAACAAGAGGCUCAAUGGUCAACCAUCUCCAACAUAUUAUUGCAAGCCCAAAUAGGGUUAAGCUCAUCAUUUCUCAUUAUUUCAAGUUUUAAUUCUACAUUAACAUUUGAUUAUUUAAUAAAUCUGUGUGUGAUAGUGACAUGUUGGUAAUGUCACUUACAAAAUACAGCUAUGUAUGUAGAAUUUUAGAUGGUCUACUUUCUCUUCCUCAAAGAAUAAAAGAUAAUAAAACAAGGUUUUUGAUUUUGA